AUGAAGGCUGUCACUAGAGUCACCUUCAAAAAGAAGGGUAACUUCAUCUUGGCAAUUGAACAUCCUGAUGUUUACAAGACCCAAGGUGGUUCAUAUGUUGUUUUUGGUGAAGCUAAGGUUGAGGACCUCAACAAGAGAUAUGCCGAAGCUAUGGCUGCUCAGAAGGUUGCUCAAGAAGCUGCUAAACAAGGUGAAGAAGCAGAGAAGCUUACUGCUUCAGGUUCUGCUGCCGAAGCCAUCACUGAAGAUUUGAAGAAGGCUUCUUUGGAAGAUGAUGGAGAUGAAAAGAAGGACGAUGAAGACGAUGAAAAGGAGGAAGAUGCUACUGGUUUAGAAGCCGGCGACAUAGAUGUUAUUGUUGAACAGACCAACGUGUCUAGAAACAAGGCCAUUAAGGCUUUGAGAGAGCACAAGGGUGAUGUUGUUAAUGCUAUUAUGUCUUUAACACAAUGA